CAUAACCUCAAAAAGAAAAUCUCGUGUAAUGUGUAAAACAUGAAAUAAAAGUAAUUUUUGAUUAAAAUGGACUUUGAAGAUUUAAAAGACGAUCCAGUAAUACAAGAGAAAUUAAAUAACUUCCACUUAAGUGUUAAUGAUUUAGAAGAACUUAUCAAUAAGACUUUAAACGAUUUCAACGUUGAAGAUCUAUCAAUUAAGGAUAAAAUAAAUUACGAUUUAUUCGUUGCGUAUUUAUUGAAUACAUGCUAUUGGAUGUAUUUGAGAACAAAGGGGCUUGAAACUGAGGAAGUUAAAUUAGAACUCGGACGAAUUAAAGAGUACAUGCUUAAAGCUAAACAAGCGGUUGAAAGAAAAACAAUUCGUCCGGUAUUAAAUAAGCCGGUCGCUGAGAGAUUUGUAAAGCAUGGUAUUAAUUAUUCGAAGAAGAACGCUGUAGAAGGAUCCAAAAAGCGCAAAAGAAAUUAAUUAAAAUGUCCGAUAAAGUUAUAAUUGAAAGAUUUUUUAUUAAAACAAAC